AUGCCCCUAGAAGGAGGCACCUACUGCACUGGUAGCCGUCAUAUGCCCCCGGACCACGCAGAGGAGGCAUCUACUGCGACUGGUAGCCGUCGCACGCCCCAGAGCCAACCCGCUACCCUGUACAACAGCUUGCUCUUUGAGAGCCACCGUACAAACGGCCGUACAAACACACGACCAGCACCACCCACCCCCCCCCCCCAGACAACGGCUGUACGAACGCAACUAGCCCCCCCUCCUGACAGCUGUACGAACAAGCAACCAGCCCCCGCCCUAGAGCUAACCUGCUACUCCGCACAACAGCUUGCUCUUUAG